AUGUCGUUGGACGUGGCCAGCUUGGGUCGGAAGCAUUAUGUGAGCCAGAGUGGUUUAGCAGCUGUUUUGAAGGAGGUUUCCGAAUCGUCUUCCACAGUGGCACCUUCCAGAUCAGGCAUCAAAAGAGCCAGAGAGGAACAGGUCGCCAUCGACACACCAUAUGGCGCUUUGAUCGACAAUAUGCAGAUCAAAGACAAGAAGGGAAAGGAACGGAGUUUCCCAACAUUGAAUCUGAAAGCCUGGAUGUGGUACGUCGUCAAGAACCUGCUUCUUAGUUUUUUCAGCAGGAAGUUCCUGGAACACCCGCCCAAGGCAAACACACCUUGGCGGGUGUGUUUAUAUUGUGAUGAGAUAUCACCGGGCAACCAACUAAAGCAGCAAAACACACGGAAGAUCCAAGCCUACUACCUUUCCUUCCAUGAAUUCGGGGCGGAGUUCCGUUGCCAAGAACAAAUGUGGUUCACGGUGGCUUUGGCGAGGUCCCAUCUGGUGAACCAACUUCCUGGCGGCCUCUCGCAGUUCACCCACCACCUCCUGCAAGCACUGAAGCUUGAGGACUUCGAGCAUGGUUUGCUUCUGGACUCGGGCGGUGAACGAGUUAUGUUCUUCGCCAAACUGGACACCAUGGUGGCAGAUGAAGCUGCCUUGAAGGCAGUCUUUGAUGUGAAGGGCUCCUCGGGGACACUACCAUGUCCUUUGUGCUCCAAUGUUGUUGCCAAGACGAGCAUGCUGGAAGGCUGUGACACAACUGGGACACUGGUACCUGUGCACGAAACUGCUCUGGAGAAGUUUUGUGCAAGAACGGACAAUACCAUCUGGCAGGGCUGCAGGUUACUGCAAAGCCGAUGUGGCCAAGUCUCCAAGAAGGCUUUUGAGCAGCUGGAGCAGUCACUGGGGAUGAACCAUAACCCAGAUGGUGUCCUGUUCCAUGGGAGUUUGCCUUUGGCCUCCACUUUGAUGUACGACUGGCUACACUGUUACUUGGUAGCAGGACUGAUGCACGUGGAGCUGGGGCUUUUGUUCCCCAUACUCUAUACCCACGGUGUGACAGUGGAAAGUCUGAAAGACUGGAUGUGUUCCUUCGAAUGGCCCUACGGCUUGAGGACACACCGCAACGAGACACUGAGGAUUUUCGACAAGAGAAUUCCCCCUGGCGAGUUCAAUCUUGCAACAGGAAGCAUUCCAGAUUUACUGGCAAAGGCGAUGACCAGUUGUUUGAAUUUGUUUCUCGUCCUGGAUCUCUUGCUUAAAGGGAACCGGGGAGAGCAGGUGCCACCAGACGAUUUGGAGGCCGCCAUCCUCAAACACUGCCGGGCAUUUCUCAGUGCAUAUGGCUCCGAGCAUGUUGUGCCUAAAUUCCACUAUAGCCUGCACCUUGGCGCUUUUGCUCGAAAGAAACCGCUGAUUUCCUGCUUCACUCACGAAAGAAAGCAUCGCCAAAUCAAACAGCUGGCAAACGAGAUUCACAACCCUGGAGACUGGUUUGAGAAAUCCGUCUUCAGAGACGUGUGGGGCGAAGCCAUGUUGAAUGCAAACUUCGGCGAUCGAGCAUGCGGUGCGACUGUUUCCUUUCAGGCCGUUUGCAGGCCGGGCCAGAGCUGCGAGAAAGGUGAUCUCGUGCUGCUUUCUUCUGGUGAUGUGGUCCAAGUGUGGCUGCAUUGCCGCCUGUAUGACGGGGACAUGUGCACUUUGUGUAGCAUUCUGAAGCCUCUGGGUAAGAAUCGCUUCCUCCUGGACGAUUCCACGGCUCGGUUUAUUCCGAGUGUCCACAUCCAGAGGACAUGCUACUAUAAGAAGUGUCCCAAGGAUGGCGAGGUCAUGGUCACUCCUGCCUAA